CAUGGCAUCUGCUGUAUUUGAGGGCACAUCGCUGGUGAAUAUGUUCGUGCGGGGCUGUUGGGUGAAUGGCAUCCGGAGGCUGAUCAUUAACCGACGGGGAGACGAGGAGGAGUUCUUCGAGAUCCGUACGGAGUGGUCUGACCGCAACGUCCUCUAUUUGCACCGAAGCUACUCGGACUUAGGACGCCUCUUCCAGCGACUCCGGGACUCCUUCCCCGAGGACCGACCAGAGCUGUCAAGGUCUCCGCUCCUUCAAGGUUGGUUGGGGGCACUCCACCGCGUAAUGGAACAACACCCAUCCCUUUUCUGCCUUGGUAUAUUGGUCUGUGGCUUGUCCACUUGGCAUGUUUGGGAGGAGGGAGGAGGAGAAGCGCGACGUGGAAGGGGUGCUUGAGACAAUAUUUAUAAAAUAAUGCCCUCCUUUCCCUCUCCUAUCUUCCUUUCAGAAAUCAUGAGGUCAAAUGGAUUUUGUUUAGCAAAUACUGAGACAAUAGUUAUUGACCACAGUAUACCAAAUGGAAAGGACAAUCACUUGGAUGUGGAUUCAACAGAACAUUUGUUUGAGAAUGGCAGUGAGUUUACCUCAGAGUUGGAAGAUAGUGAAGACCCUGCAGCCUAUGUCACCAAUUUGUCCUACUACCACCUGGUUCCUUUUGAAACGGACAUUUUGGACUGACUUUCUAGUAGCCCAUUCAUCCACCCUCUGGCCUUUUAUUACUGACUUAUGCUGCUGUUCCAUAGCCCUCAACCAUUUAGACCAAAAAGUGGUCAUCUAACCCCAGAUAUGAGAUGAUGCCUGCAAUGAAAUCAGUUCUGUGGCUCAGAUCAUCAGUGGGUCUCCAUGUACUUCCUAAGGUACAAGUUUUUGGAAGACAGUGGAAACAGCGGAAGAGAAAUCACAUUCAGGUGGAUUCUGGUAUCAGGGAAGAGUAUACAGCAAAAUCUGCAGCAGCUUCUGAAGCCACAGGACGCCUAUAUGCCUGACUGACUGUAGUGAAGCACCCCCAUGGAAAUUCUUUUCCUUUCAGUAAAACUAGCCUAUUUCUCCAAAUUCCUGGGCAGCCCACAUUUCACACCUGGUGUGAUGGAUAGCCACCCAGUGCCUAUAGGGGAGACCUACUGUGAAGGAAGUGAUUCCAGUCAGCUUUGAUGGGUCUAAAUAUUUUAUUGUUUCCCUACGAGGAGAGUACCACUUCCUCCUUUUUUUCUUUAAAGUGGCCUGGGCAUCCC